AUGGGGAUGCAGCAACUGAAGCAGCAGCGGGAUAAACUGAAGCAGUAUCAGAAGCGGAUAAGCCUGCACCUGGAAAAAGAGAGAGCGUUAGCCAGGCAGUUGCUGAAAGAGGGCAAAAAAGAAAAAGCUAUGCUCUUGCUAAAGAAGAAGCGUUACCAAGAGCAACUUCUAGAUAAAACAGAAAACCAAAUCAGCAACUUGGAACGGAUGGUCCAGGAUAUUGAAUUCACCCAGAUUGAAAUGAAGGUCAUUGAGGGUCUGAAAAUUGGCAAUGAAUGUCUGAACAAAAUGCACCAGGUUAUGUCAAUAGAAGAAGUGGAAAGAAUAAUAGGAGAAACCCAAGAUGCUGUGGAGUACCAGAGGCAAAUAGAUGAGAUACUGGCUGGCAGCCUGACUGAAGAAGAUGAAGAUGCCAUUUUAGAAGAAUUAAAUGCCAUUACUCAGGAACAGAUUGAGCUUCCAGAAGUUCCUUCUGAGCCACUCCCAGAAGAGAUCCCAGAAGCAUCACCCGUCAAGAACAGGCCAAAACCAGAACUGGUGGCAGCAUCUUAACUCCCACUUCUGGGGAUUCCCCCACGUAACUUUCACCCAGGACAGUUUAUCAUCCCAGCGUGUGCUGGGAACGAGCAAUGCCUUGGCAGCAUCCCAGCUGUGCUGGGCGGAUUGUGGAGCAGGAUUCCCUGUGCAGGUUGGGGAACAGCUGAUUAUUGCUCUUGUAUCAAGAUUAUUUUCUAGUGCUUUCUUUUUUUGUAUCUUAAAUUCUAAACUCACUCAGCUGUGCUGUCCCAGGAUUAAACAACAGCUCUAAAACUUCCAAAUCCUAAUGCUCUCUUUAGGUUUGGUUUCAACUGUAAAUCUGCCUCUGCUGUGACUGAAUCCACAGGAAGUCCUCCCUUUAGAGUGCUUGUGUGCUUAUAAAUGGCUGUCAUAGGCACCAGGCUUUAUGAGAAAGAGCCACUGCGCUCAUGAGCCCUCUAGACCUUUCUGUUGCCUUCAGUCCUCUCAGUCCCUUUGCUUUUCUGUUCUGAUUCUGUCUCUUGUCCUCAUCUAAAUCAGUGACUGGCAUGUAUGAGGACCUCUGAGGCACUAUAAGGGCAUGGGCAGAAUGCAGUCAGGCUGAAAGAAGGCAACAAGUCUUGAGCUUCUGCAGGCUGUAACAUUUUGUGCUACAGGCUGAAAACAGUUCUUCUCUGUCAGGCUUGUGUAAGACCAGCUCACAUGUGAGGCUCUUCCUUUUGGGCUAAGUUCAGAGCAAUUGCUUGACUUUACAAUGAUGAAAGAAACAGUCCUCCAGUGUGAGGUAAAGAGCUGACCUCCCACUGGGUGCGAGUCAGAGGCAGGCGUUAAGGACGCCCAUUCAGAUCUUGCUCUCCCUGUCUGUCUACAGUAAUCCAUGGUGCUGAGUGUAACAGCAGAGCUGAAGUUACAGAAAUCUGACAAACCUCUUAAAUUACAACAAGGACUCUGCUGCCUAUGUUAUGAGCCGGAAGUCAUCACUUGGUGGCUCUGCACCCUCAUCAGAGUGAGAGUUCACCUUUGCAACGUUCAGAUGGACUGAGAUCGAUUCUGCUUCCAGUUGCCAGCUCUUGUUGUCUGAUAUUUCCUCGUAGGGUAGGAGACUGGAAAGAUCAGAACAGGGUGAAUGAGACUCAUUCUGUACCAGAUAUGAAGUAUGAAACUUCUUAAAUUAACACUCCAAAGACUGUUCAAUAAGUAGUUGGGGUGGGGGGGGGAACUUGACUGUGGAGGACAGUUCUGUACUUAGCAUGGUUUAGAGGGACUUGGGUUGGCAUAGCUGAUGAAUUAUUUGGAAAACUGCCUGGCCAGCGAGGUGGCAGGCAGAUUUAGCUGUUCUUGGAAGCAAGCUUAUGUGCCAGCUUGCAGAUGCUCUUCAGGACAUUGCAGAUCUUUAUUUAUUAUAUUCUUGAAGCCACAACCCUUGAUUCCUUCUUCUGCAACAGAGCAGAAGAAAGACAUGGGGGGGGGGGGGG